CUGACCAUAUUACAGAUACCAUGAAGGAUUUGACAGCCGUCGCUCUCUUCAUAAUAAACCCCCACAAGAGGACACGCAUGAACAGAAGAUGCAAGAGAUGUGCAAACACAGGUGAGAAGGCCUUCAUUGCGCACGGAAACCGUCCAACCGAUCCAAAGCGUUUUGAAGACGGGUUUAUUCAGGGCUGGUGUGACGCAGAAAACCCUAGCUACCCCCAAAUUACUGUCAACUCCAUGAUUCAACAGCGCCAUCAAGAGCAUGUACAGCGCUGCGGGGAUUCACAAUGCGAGUGGGCGUUCGAUGACGGGAAGCCUCCACAGCAGCCAACUCCACAACAACCCAAUACGACCCCUGUCACGCAGCCCCAAGUUUCCCAGCCAAAUAACCCCCCAACUACUUCUAACCCACCUGCUACUCACCAAUGCACUGCAGAAUGCAACCAAGGGAAAGGUUGUCAACAUACAACAAGCACUCCUGUACCCGCUCCAACAAAACCUGGUAACAGUGAGGGGCAUUGUGACACUAAAAAUGGUGAUAAGGACGACUCUCCUGAUGAAGAUCAUCAAUGCACUGGCGAGUGCAAGCACCACAAGAAGAAGACCGGCUUGUUCCACAAGCUGGAACACAAGAUUGAGCACGCCUUAAAGCUCGACUAG